CAGUACAAUUUGGUUCAACAAGUUUUGGUGAAGAAGACAUCAUGCCAGAAAAGAAACCAUUUGAACGGCUGCCAAAGGAUGUUAUACCCACCAAUUACAACAUCCGACUGAAGCCAAACCUGAAAACCUUCACAUUCGAUGGGUAUGAAGAAAUUGAUAUCCAGAUAAAAAAGGCUACCAGUACAAUCACUCUCAAUUCCGCCGACAUUGAAAUCAAGGAAGCAGUUUUCCAGAAGGGAGGCGGAGGAGACAGCAGCACAAAGGGUGAGAUAACUUACCAGAAAGACGAUGAAAAAGUUGUCGUUUCCUUUUCCUCGGCACUACAGCCAGGGACGGGCUGUUUGAAGCUGACGUUUAUCGGGGAACUCAACGACAAGAUGAAAGGUUUUUACAGAAGCAAGUACAAGGCGGCUGAUGGAACCGAUUGUUACGCAGCUGUCACACAGUUUGAGGCAACUGAUGCCCGAAGAGCAUUUCCCUGCUGGGAUGAACCGGCUGUGAAGGCGACGUUUGACAUCACGUUGGUUGUUCCCAAAGAGAAAGUCGCCCUCUCCAACAUGCCAGUGAAGACAGAGUCGUCGGAUAAAGACCCGGACUGUCGCGUGGUGACCUACGAACGCACGCCCAUCAUGUCGACAUAUCUGAUGGCGUUCGUUGUCGGCGACUACGAUUUCGUCGAGGGCAAGGACUCCGACGGGGUUAUUCUCCGUGUGUACACACCGGUCGGGAAAAAAGAACAAGGCCAGUUCGCACUCGAUGUUGCAAUCAAAACUCUGCCAUUUUACAAGAAUUACUUUGGUAUUGCCUACCCAUUGCCAAAAAUUGACUUGAUAGCUUUGGCUGACUUUGCUGCAGGAGCGAUGGAAAACUGGGGACUGGUGACAUAUCGAGAGACUGCGUUGCUCGUCGACCCGGAACAUUCGUCAGCUAAAAUAAAACAGUGGGUGGCGCUCGUGGUCGGACACGAACUAGCGCAUCAGUGGUUUGGAAACCUCGUCACUAUGGAAUGGUGGACCCACCUCUGGCUGAAUGAAGGUUUUGCGUCGUGGAUCGAGUACUUGUGUGUGGAUGAGUGUUUCCCAGAGUACGACAUCUGGACGCAGUUCGUCAAUCAGGAUCUCGGACGAGCUUUAGAGCUUGAUGCACUUCACAACAGUCACCCCAUCGAGGUCCCUGUGGGACACCCGUCGGAAGUGGACGAGAUAUUUGACGCCAUCUCCUACAGCAAGGGCUCGUCUGUGAUCAGGAUGCUCCACGACUACAUCGGGGACAAAGAUUUCCGAUCCGGCAUGAAUGCCUACCUGACUAAGCACCAGUACAAGAACGCAUGGACGGAGGACCUGUGGUCAGCGCUGGAGGACGCCAGUAAGAAACCCGUCGCCGCCAUGAUGACCACCUGGACCAAACAGAUGGGAUUCCCCGUACUGAAGGUGACUGACUCCCAAGAUGGUGAUAAACGAACUCUCAAAAUAACCCAAGAGAAGUUCUGUGCCGAUGGCCUGAUUCCAGCUGGUUGUAAGUCCAAGUGGAUGGUUCCUAUCGGUGUGAUCACACCCAGCAGUCCGGAAAAACCCGUCAAGACCAUCGUUCUGGACGACGCCUCCGUUACCGUGACGAUAGAUGGGGUCAAGUCCACUGAUUGGAUCAAGAUCAAUGCAGGAACAGUGGGGCCAUAUCGAGUCCAGUACACAUCAUCCAUGUUGGACUUGUUGAUUCCAGCGAUCCGCGACCAAACAUUGCCUCCCCGCGACCGACUCGGACUUCAGAGUGAUCUGUUUGCUCUCGCACGAGCGGGCAUGGUGUCGUCGGUGGACAUUCUGAAAGUGGUGGAGGCGUACGCGAAUGAAGACAACUACACCGUGUGGACUGACCUCUCCCAGAACCUGUCGGGUCUCGCUCUGCUGCUGCAGUACACAGACGCCUACGACAACUACAAAUUGUUCGCCAAAAAACUCUUCCGAACGAUCGCCAAGAAAGUCGGCUGGGAUGCCAAGAACGAUGAAGGUCAUCUGGUUGCCAUGCUACGCGGUCUGGUGUUAACAAAAAUGGGUCGCUAUGGUGACGACGAGACGGUUGCCGAGGCGCGGAAACGGUUUGCCGAUCACGUCAGUGGGACCAAGGUUUUACCUGCCGAUCUCAGAGGACCAGUUUAUACAACAGUGUUAACUCACGGAGAUGCGUCCGACUUUAAAAAGAUGUUGGAGCUGUAUGACAAGGCAGAUAUGAUGGAGGAGAGAGACAGAAUUGGAAGAUCUCUCGGCGCGGUCGACAAGGAAGACUUGAUUCAGAAAGUGCUCGACUUCGCUCUGUCGGACAAGGUUCGUUCCCAGGACACCGUGUUUGUGCUGUGUUCUGCAGGGGGAUCGGUCAAGGGCAGACAACUGAUAUGGAAGUUUGUUCAGAAGAACUGGACAACGUUUCAUGACAGAUACAAGAGCGGGUUUCUUCUCUCUCGACUCGUUAAAUCAUCAACUGAGAAUUUUGUGACAGAAGAAUUGGCUAAGGAUGUGGAGAAAUUCUUUGCCGAUCAUCCUGCUCCAGCUGCUGAACGAACGAUCCAACAAUCGUGUGAGAAUAUUCGUCUGAAUGCACGAUGGAUGGAACGCGACUCGGCGAAGGUCAAGGAAUUCUUGAAAAGUCACAAAUAGAACUGUUUAUUUCUUCCAUUUGAUGAAAUCACGUAGAACCACAGUCAGACAUUCAUUUACAUUUUAACUGGGAGCUUUAUUAAUGGAUCGAGCAACUGGCAUCCAUUUGUUGUACCUGUGUGGUGUACCUCUAUUCUGUGAAUUGAAAAAUAAUUUUCAGUCAAAUAA